AGGUGUUUGGGUUCUCUGUAAUUGUGGGCUUUGGCUUCAGUUUUCUUUAUUUGAUUGUGGCUAAUUUGUAAGUAGAUAUUGGGUAUAGGAUAAUAGGCUAAACUCAUUGGGAUACACAGAAUUCCAGGCCCAUUGAUUGUGAUUACAUUUGUUGCAAGUAUUCUUGUUUACAUCGGUGUGACAAUAUAUUACUUUUACAUGCAUUACUACUCUGCCGCCAUUAUUUUCUUAGUCUUUACUGUGCUUUAUUUGGUUUGCUAUUGGUCAUGGAGAGAUCGAAUUCCUUUUGCAACAGUCAUGUUACGAUCUGUUGUAAGUAUUACACGAAGAUAUUGGAGCACCAUAGUUACAGGCAUCAUUUCACUUGUUGUCCAAACACUUUACUCGGUUUGGUUCAUGAUCACAACGGUGGGGGUCUAUCAAGUCUACUACAAUGCAAGUGGAAGCAAUGCCAAACUGAAUGCAGCCAUGGUGUUUUUAGUCUUUUCAUUUUACUGGACUACACAAGUGAUAUCAUACGUCACUCAUGUUACACUAGCUGGUGUUUUUGCCACAGUCUAUUUCUUGAACAACCAAGUUGCCCAUCCCAUUUGGGGUAGUACGAAACGAGCUUUGACAACAAGCUUUGGUUCGAUUUGCUUUGGCGCACUUUUGGUAGCUAUUAUCAAUUUCCUACGAUACCUUGUGCAGAUGGCUAGUUCAGAAACAGAUAACCCCUUUUUUGCUUUCUUCUUGUGUAUUGUCCAAUGCCUUAUGGCUUGUGUUGAAUCAUUCUUUGAAUGGUUUAAUCAAUAUGCUUUUAGUGGUGUAGCUAUUUAUGGUAAAGCGUUUGUUCCUUCUGCAAAACGUACUUGGACUUUGAUUAAAGAUCGAGGUGUGGAAGCAUUGAUCAAUGAUAACUUGAUUGGUAAUGUUUUGGUGAUGGGAGCUUUGCUAGUUGGUAUUCUAUCAUCGCUAUUGGGCUAUCUAUACUUGCUGAUUGCUCAACCUGCAUACAAUUCAACUGGCAAUAUGACACCCAUUGUCAUGCUUAUUUGCUUCAUCAUGGGUAUGUCCAUGUUCUCUACUAUUUCUACAGUUAUUUCAAGUGGUGUUGUUACGACUUUUGUCUGCUUGGCAGAAGAUCCUGAAGCGUUAAGAAGAACAAAUCCUGAGUUAUUUGAAGCAAUCCGUCAAACAUGGCCUCAAGUAGUACAAGGCAUCUAAUAGCUGCGCGCGCAUUUUUUUUUUUAUGUAAUAAAUAACCUUUUCUUUUUUAUCUUUUUUCUUGUAUUCUCUUUCUUUUAUUUAUCAUGUGUGGUCGUUUUUGCUGUUCACUUGAGCCUAAUACCAUUCGUAUGAGGCUACAAGAAGAAAAAGUACUUGAACAAUCAGACAUCGAAUGGGUCAACGAAGAAAAGUAUCAUACCAGCUAUAACUUUUGUCCAUGGCAAUUUGUACC